UGGUGAGGAUAUUGUUGACAACAAUAUACCUGCUAUCUCAUCAACCAUGAAUAAUGAUAACCAGUCUCGCCAAGUGGUUAAUGAACCAAAUAUUCCAUUUCGGAAUAAACGCAAAGGAAAACAUAAAGUCAUUCCCAACUCUGAUGACUUUUUUGAUAAUAAUGUAACUUUCACCGUGAAUAAUGACCAAUCAACCAACACCCUUCAAGCUCAAAAUGCCCAAAAUGAGGACGAGAGUAAAAAUGCUACCAAAGAACAUGUUCAUAUCGUAAGUGAUCGGGUCACCGACGUGGAUUCUAAUACAGAACGACGCCUUACCAAUAUGGAUCCGAUUCAGGCUAGUUCAAAAGUUAGGACGCGUGAGAAUGAUUUAGAACGAGAACGACAAGAUUUUAAAAAAGUGAAAUUGAUAAAUGAUUUUGAAGAACAACAACCUACUAAAACGACAGCCAUUCCGGUUCAGCCUAAAUUAAAGGAUUUUAGGAUGCGGGAGCAUGAACUAGAUCGAGAACGACACGCUGUUAAAAAA